UAGGGCGUGAAGGCUCCCGUGGACACGUGAAGGGCGGAGGUGGGCGUGUGAGUGACUCGGUGAGCUGAGGAUGAGGGCGUGAUGGUGCGGGAGGCAACGAAGGGAAUAGCGGCGAUGACAGAGCACUCGGGUUCUGAGGAGGCAGGCGGGGCCAUUAGUGCUGCGGGGGAGGAGGUCAUCAGAGGGCUGCUGGCCACGCUUCGAGAGGACAUGAAGAAGGAGGAGAGUGGCGGUGAUGAGGUGCUCGCCCUUGACCCCCUCGUGGUGGAGUCUCAGCUCCUCUCCUACCAGCACUCUGCCGCAAGCUUUGUGGUCAAGCUUCAAGGCAUGGAAAUCAUUGGAUUGUCAGAGUUCAUCAUUGAGGAUGUAUGUGUGAAUGUCCAGACACUGGCCGUGACGAUCAACCUGCGCUAUGACUCCUUGCUGCUUGAUGGGGAGUAUGACAUCUCAGGCAAACUGGUCAAGGUCAUCCCCCUCUCCACCCGAGGGCCAUUCACAGUCACUGCCUCCAACGCACGGAUAACUUUGUGGGUGAAGUUGAAGACAUGCCGGGGACGCCUGGAGGUGGGCCAGCUGAGGAGUGAGUUGGUGGUGGGAGAUGUGCACCUUGACCUCUCCCACAUGACUGGUGGGUCACUGGUCAGCAAGUACGUAAGUUCCCACUUGGCCAAUCAGAUCAGGACUCAUUGGCAGCAGCAUGAACCAGAGCUAAGCAUGGUCUUGAAAAAGCAUCUCAAUGAUGAACUGAAGAAUGUCAGCUUAAUGUCCCUCCAGCUUCUGCAGUCUACUGACAAGUACAUGAGGCGUGGCUCCCUCUACUAGAGGGUCUACCUUCCUCCUUCUCUGUGGCUUAUGGUAGUGAGUGUGUAUAGAGCAGACGAUGGCCCUCAUGAUUAUUGGUCUCGGUGUUCCUCCAGUGUAUUGAUGUAUUGUAGAUUCGUAUGCCACACAUUCAUUUGACCUUACAUGUAUGUAGUAGAGUUCCUUGUGAAAAAAUAAUGAAAAAGAAAGAACAUUUACUGUGAACAAAUACAUUUUUACACUGGUGGUUAAUCAAAUGCCUUUCACAAAAGCAUGAGGAUGAAAUAUUUUGCUCUGGGUCAUCAGUAUUAAUUGGAAGGAAUGCUUUUUAACAGGGACCAUAAUACAUUACAUAUUUUUUGCCCCUUGGUGCUGAUGAGUAAGUUAAGCUGUUUGACAAAAAAAGUGUGAAACAAAUUUUUACAUUCCAUUUUUUACAGUGAUGUUGAAUAUCCUGCAUCUCGGAAUCUUCAACAGUUACAUUUAUAGUAUUUCGUGACAACAUAGCUUUGAACAAAAAAGUAUAGCAUUACAAACUUAACACAAUUUGUUGGUAUUUUUAUAUCAACAUGCCUGCAUCUAUGUAGAAUAUUAUACUUCAGGAAGCUCAGUGUGCAGAUUUGGCUUGCUGUCAAUGAGUGUCAGAUUCCCAAGGUGUGUAGGUGUGAGAAUGAAAGCCUUGUGGGUUCCUGUGUGGUGGCUUGGUGGUGUCGCAUACAAGGCUGGCACUUGCGUUGGUGUUUGUUGUUGUUGUUCAAGAUGGGUUCAUUAACCUAAGUGUUGAGUUUGCAAAAUUUUAUAAAAGUUACUUGUUAAAUAAUUUUAUAUGACUAUUUACAUAUCCUAUAAAUUGCCAAAUAUUAAUGAAUUUCUUUAAGGCUAUGCAGGAUAAGAAACUGUUAAGUACACAAGUGCAAACAGUAUUAUAAACCUCACAUUCAAUUUGUAACAUUGCAUUUAGAAAUAACAAACUGCUAAUUACAUGCAAAUACAUACUGCCUUUAUAAAAUGUAUAAUUUUGCAGUCAUAAUUUUUCUAUUUAAUGCAUAUUGCUCAAAAUAUUUGCACAAGGUGGUAGCACAUUAAAUUCUAGAUAUGUAUAACAAAUGCUUGACUGGUACAUUUGUUGAGUAUAUAUAUAUAUAUAUAUAUAUAUAUAUAUAUAUAUAUAUAUAUAUAUAUAUAUAUAUAUAUAUAUAUAUAUAUAUAUAUAUAUAUAUAUAUAUAUAUAUAUAUAUAUAUAUAUAUAUAUAUAUAUAUAAUAUGGUGUUUAGUGCUUUUCAACAAAUUAGUGUGCUGGCAAAUGGUGACUAGUGGGCACUCAAAUCACAAAUUUUCAGUUAUUAUUAUUUUUUUACCUUUGUCUUGAUUUAAGAAUGCAAAAUUCAUCCUUACAAAGAGAAUCUUUGUUUACUUGAACAAUCUGAGAAAUAAAAGGAAAUUGCAUAAAUUGCACACUUUAAUAACAACAUUUUUCAAUGGGGGCAACUUUUCAUGAUAUGGCAAUGAAUUUGACUUCAUUGUAUAAACUCCUCUAUGCGAAAUUUCAGGAUAUUCACAUCUAAAUACAUUAUCUGUUAAUGAUAUGUAAUAUGUUUGCAUGUUUGUGGCAUAAAAUGUCACAAGUGUGUGAUGUACAGGAUCCUUCUUGUGUUUUGUGAAUGUAUCUCGUCUAAUAUAAUAUAAGUCUAUAGAAAAAAUAGCCCAAUCUAUUAUUUUUUAAAUUCACAAAUGUUUUUAAAAAUGUAUAGAGAUUCGUUGGUAAAUAUAAAGCUGCCCGUAUUAUUAUCUGUUGGAAAUCAUAUUUCAGUUAUAAUCUUAAUCCACCAAAAUCAAUUUAAGUGUUUAAGAACAGUGGCUCCUUUCAAAACUCAUUUUAUGGUCAAAGCUUUAAACAUUAAUUUAAUUUUAUUCUCAAUAUACUCACUUGAAUAAAAGAAACUCAUCUUGGAAUGCUCUUAAGGAUUAGGUUUGCUGAGAAGCACAACAUAUCACUUACUAUUUCACUUGCUUAUCAAUUCCAUGUAAUACAUAUGUUAGAUAAAUGUCUAUUUAUAUUGAACUAAAAAUGUUCUAGAAGAAUACUGUGCCAUGGCCUAAUGGCACACUGCAUAUGACUAUAAUUACAUUUACAUUCCAGUAUUUAAAUGCAUACAGUAUAUUCAAGGUGAAAAGAAUUGAUAAGUUAGUGUUGCUCUCUGUGUGAUAAUAACAUAGUGUAAUUAAAUAGACCAUAUUAGUUAGACAUUUCAUGAGGUCAGAGCAUCUUUAAUGUCUGCUGCUACUGCCACCUAGAGAGCCGUGAGGCCCCACACAAGUGCCAUGAACCAGUCCAUCUGUAGAGUCUAGGGCCGGCACUGGUGUGGGGCUGCACGUCACGGGCCUGGUAGACUCAGUAGUAGUGAAGUAGUGUGUACUGAUGGCUCCUCCAUUGGUGUGAAAUGUGUAUACGUACAUAAGUCUUGAACAUUUGUAACAUUUUAAUGACUCAGAUUUGUAAGUGCUGCCAGGGUAUUAUUGUUAUGUGAAAUAAUAUUUCAUUGAGUUGACAGGAAAAUAUGUAUGCACACAAAGAAAUGAUAUUGUGAUAACCGACAAUCCAUUGAAUGAUCUACAAGGGACUUUGAGCAAAUACAAACACUGUCCCAUUGCAACUAUAUAACUUUGUGAUGACCAGUUUCUCACAAUAUAUGAUGGAAUGUAGAUCUUUUCAUGUAAGAAUUUUAAAAACUUUAUACCAUAUCAAAGCAAAAGCAGUAAAAUACUAACUAUUAUUCAGUACAUCUCUUUUCACAUGGCCAUACAGAAUAUUUCUUCACUUAUAGAAGAAAAUACCAGUGCAAAGCAGUAUCGAUAAAUAGUAUCAAAUCAUCAGAUAUUCCUGAUAGUAAAGAUUGUCUUGAUUGCAACACUUAUCACUUAAUGAUAUGAUGCCAAUUUCAUAAUUAAUUUGAUAUCAGUAUGUGGUGUUUCAGAUCAAGGAAUAUCUUGCACAGCAUAACCUCAUAAGCUGCUGAUUAAUUUUGCUGUAUGAUGGAACACAACUGUAAACUAUCAAGAUUUAUUUUGAAACAAUUAUGAUUCAGCAACAAAAAUCAGUUGUCAUUUAUUCAUCCUAAGCAAGUAAAUGACUGUAUCUGUUGUUCCCUCUCAGACACUGCAAUACCAGGAUGCUCCCACACAAGGCUGGUCUGGUCUGCCAUCAGGCUGAGGGUUGCUCAAAGCCCCUCACAUCAACACAGUGCCUUUGCCUGGGAGUGGCCACACAUGCCACAUUGCCAUGUGUUCUCACUACCAAAUUUACAACUGUUGCCAGUAUUUAACUGUGUAAUAAUCUAUACAAUACCUGCAAGUAAAUUGCACUGCAUUUUCAGUCAAGCAUCUUGACUGGAAAUUACAGAGAACUUUAAAAAUAAAGCAAUUUUUAUGUCAAGAAAUAUACAGAAAUCAUGUAUGUAGUUACUGGUUAAAUGCACAAAGCACUGUAGUGACACUCUGGAUGUGAAGCUGUGUACAGUAGAUACCCAGUGAUGCACACCUGGGACUGUUGGUAAUCAUGAAACACCAAAAAAUCAAGUUACCUCAACAGAAAGUCUCAAAGAUAAAAUUGUGGACAAACAUGUCUGGUGGUGUCUGGAUAUCAGUGCUGUGAACCACCUGGGCAGCAUCUCUGCUACUGGAGCAUGACCUCCAUUGGCUGCUUAGCAUACCAUGGAGUAAUAGAAAAAUGUGUAUCUAGUUUGGGCCAAAAAUGAAUUCAUGUGGUACUCACUUGAAAUUUUGGAUACAUUAUUUAUACAGAAAAUUUCAUGUUUGCUCACUCACACAUAUAUGGGUUUGAGCUUUUUUAAUUUCUUAGUUAACAUAAUUGUCUUAUCUCAUUUUUGUCAGUGACCAGAUUGAUUGAAGAAAUGGAUUGUGAAGCACCAGAUUAUUGGGUGUCUACUGUAUUAAGAUAUUUCACAAAAAUAUUAUUACUUAAAUAUCUACUGUCUUAACAACAUAAUUCUUCAUUGUUAUAAUUGCAAGAUGAAGCACUUCAAUUUUUCAUAAGACUCAAUGCAUUCUAAGAUUAUAAUCUUGCUACCUAAUUAUCCUAUGAAUGAGACCACACUCAUAUCAGAGAAUGACUCAUCCACUGAGAGGGUGUGACAUACACAUUGUUUUGAAAGCAUCUGUGGCUUGACUAUUGCAUUCAUUGCACUUUAAUUAUCUAAUCCUUUCAUUAUCAGGGGCUUAAGGCUCCCCUACCACUUGAUUGUCAAAAUCCUUACAGAACAUGCGCAGAUAUAUACAGAAAAAAAAUUGUUUGAUAUUCACUGAUAUAUUAAAUAGUACUGCCUUGUGAUUUUAUCCAUGAAAAUUAUACUACAGUAACUCAGCCUUUUAAAUGAUUUGUAGUGUGGAGUCUCCGUCUCAACUCUUGUACUCUCGAGAGACAUGUCUGCAUGAAGGAUCAGCAAAGGUGCUUUCCAUGUCAGCUUUCAUAACUUUAUUGUAUUUUUUUCAAGACAACAUAACCACAAUAUUGCACUGUGGUCACUUUCAUACUUGAUCCAUUCAUAUACAACAAAAACUCUGUCAGUAUUAUAUUUCUUGAUUAAAGAAAAUAACAAUAAAUACAUUAGUAGUAAUACAAGCUAAAUUCCAUCAAAGAGGCAUUUUGUUUCAGUAAGUUAAAUCAAACAUAGGAGUAUUAUAAAUCCAAGUUACAGCCACAAUUUGCCAAAAAUAUUCAUUGUAAACAAAGAUGUUAGAAGCCAAAAAGAUCAAAGUACCCACUACAGAUGCCUCAUUCUCCUGCUCCUGGGUGUGGUGCUCACCUACCACCCACCAGGAGUGCACCACAGCACCUCACUGCCCUGCUGACUUGUGUGUGAUUCAAAAUACUAUUAAACUCAGCUUACAAACAUACUGACAGAGAACCAUGGAAGUACAAGUUCACCUGAACAAUAUCAGAUUAAGUAUCCCAGAAAGACCCUUUUUUUUUAGGCAAUGAAAACUUUUCUUAGCUAUUUGUGUUGAAACAUUCAAGCCAAAAUGGCUGAAAAGUACUAACAUUUGUUUUUUUGGAAGUUUACGUAUCUUUUAAAAAUCAAAACAGUUACUGAAAAUGUCUCAUGUUAAUAAUGGUCACAUUUUACUGUACAGAUUGUGCAUACAAAGUGCUUACCCUAUAUUGAACUAAGUGAUACAUGUCUCUACCUGUGGUGUUUGCUGUUCCUGCAGAUCUCCCCUCUGCAUCAAAUGAAUCCACAUGAAUUAGUGGACUGUGUCAAGUUCUUGCUUUUCCUUGACAGUAAUUCCUUAAUGUCAGGUUCAGUUUCAGGCUCUUAAACAUGAUCUUGCUGGGGCUGAGUGACUCCAUCCCAGCAUGUAGAAAACAUAUGCAAUGUGCUGUACUGGAUAGCUUGUUUAUUGAUAAAGCUAUUCCAGUCUUCCCUUGAAUCAGUAUUAUCAUGGAUGCCAAGAAUAGAGACCCAUAACCCUCCUGCACAUACAGCUCUAAAGAAUGUACAAGUAAUGUGUAUCUUUUAUGAAUGGUGAGGCAGCUGUGCUUCAUGGCAUGCCUGGUGCAGCAUUUCCAGUUACUGUUCAGGUGGUCACUGCCCCUCACAGCAAGAUGGUAGGGGAGCACCAGCUGCCACUUUUCAACUUGUGAUAUAUGUACCCAUUCCUUUUACAUUACUUUUCACUUGAAUAAAAACUUAAUUCUC